AUGUCAGCAGUCGUCAACGCGACCAUCACGGUCGUGCGGUGGACGGUGGGCGUGCCGGCGGCGCUGUGGGCGCUGCGGCUCAAGUCGCGGGAGCAGUGGGCGGCGGACUGGGCGGGCGUGAAGAAGACCGUGAAGCAUGAGGCACACCACUACUGGGUGGGCACCAAGCUGCUGGCCACGGACGUCCGCAUCGCGUCAGGGCUGGCCUUCAAAGCCAUGAGGGGCAACACGCUCACGAGGCGCGAGCGGCGCCAGCUGACGCGCACGACGGCGGACAUUGUGCGGCUGGUGCCCAUGAUCGUCAUCCUGCUGGUGCCCUUCAUGGAGCUGGCGCUGCCCGUGCUGCUCAAGAUCUUCCCCAACAUGCUGCCCUCCACAUUCGAGGACAAGAUGAAGAAGCCCCGCGACCACCAUCCGCCCCAACAGCUGCCAUUCGCCCCCACAACCGCCAACCGCUCCUACAUCCGCCAACCGGCCCCACCACGGCCAACCAUCCCCCACCCGCCAACCGCCCUCACAACCGCCUCCCAACUGUCAACCGCCAACCGCCAGGAGGAGGAUGUGAAGAAGCGGCUGGUGGUGAAGCUUGAGGUUGCGCGCUUCCUGCAG